GCUAUAUUGGUGGACAGUAUAAUGAUGAAUUAGUUACCAGAGCUACGUUACGUGAAUUAUGUGUUAAACAUCAGUCUGUUAUCAGUUUCGUUGACGAUUUUAAUCUUGCAAUGAACUAUAUUAUAAUGAUAGAAUUUAUUCUUAAUUCAAUUAGCAUUGCUGCCUUUACGUUACGUCUUCUAAUGAUGCAAGAAUCCAUUGACAUAAAAAUAUUCUUGAUCACUGUAUGUUGCACACAAAUAGUCUAUUUAUUUUUAAUAGCUUGGCAUGCUAAUGAAUUGAAAGUACAGAGCGUUAUGAUAUCUGAUGCAUUAUUCGAGAGCGAGUGGUAUGAAAAAUCAACCAGUGCUAAAAAAACAAUAGCCAUUAUAAUGACAAGAUCGCAAAAACCGUUGACAAUAUUUGUCGGGCCAUUCUUUCCUAUGACAAUUGAUACCGCCAUUGCUGUAAGGAAUGUGUUAUAA